CGACUUCCCGAAUUAAUUGAGGAACUAAAGCCUAACCUUGUAUCACGAAUCCGGCUCGAUAAGGUUUCCAAGCAACGAUGUGGAAAUCUAGAUAGUACACUUCAUGAAAUUUACGAAACUGAAUGGAAAAUCCAACUUCUUAAGAGCGGUAAUGUCCCGGAGAAACCUUCGAAGCAGUCACGGGGCAAUAAUGAUGUUAUUCAAGGUGACAUUAACAUGGAAAAUGAACAUAGAAAUGAUGAAGAGGAAAGCUCGGAUUACGACUCUGAUUUCAUUGAUGAUUCCGAAGUCAAAUAUACUGAAGAAGAAUUGGCAGAAUUUCGCAGCGUUGGCAUAGAAUUCCAAAUUGCUUCACUUGAACCUUUUCACGAAAAGCCAAAUCCCGUUUCACUCGAACCUUCUAGCGGAAAGGAUCAUCCUGCUUCACCAGAACAAGAAGAAGAUUUUCCCGAGAAAGAUAUCAUUGUAAUUAAUAGUGAUUCGGAUACAGAAAUGGAUAGUGAAGAUAAUAAGAAGGAACGAAAAUUCGGUCAUCGUGAAAAUAACCUGAAAGGUCAUGAAUUCAAUUAUGUAGGCAGAAGUUACAGUCAUAAUGAAAAUAACUUUAAAAAUUAUGAAUUCAACUAUUUGAGCAAAAAUUAUAUCGGGGAUUCAGAUGACGAUGAUCUGGGCGUGACAUCGGAAGGGAAGAAAAUAAAAGAAACAGCAGACGUCAUUGAGCUGCGUAAAGCCCGCACGUUGCUUGAAGAGAAUUACAGUAGGCGCUGUGAGAUACAAAAAAGAAGUGCAAGGAAUGAAAAGGGAAUUAUAAUAAACCUUGGUCAUCAAGAAGAAGAGGCUGAUAUUUAUAUUCAUGAGGAAUUGGCACCUAAAUUAAAAAAACAUCAGGUGGAAG